UCAGAGCUGUUUGCUCCAGCAGGAAGAAGAGACGCGGACUCAAAACUCAACAAUGUUUAGUAAGAGAUCGUUGUUGGCGGCUCUGCUCGCUGUGGCUGUCGGUGUUUACCUGCUGCCGUCUCCCAUAGACCCCAAACCACAUGUACUGAAGGGGCCUCCUCCGGCCCUCGAGGGGCCGCUGGCUGUCAACACCCGACUGCAGAAGGGCCGCCGGCUGUUCGCUGGGAAACUACACGGACCAGAAUCCUUCACUGCUGAUGAGGAGGGUAAUGUGUACACAGGGACAGUGGACGGGAAGCUGUGGCGGAUCGGUCCUGACGACAGCCUCACCCUCAUCACGCAGAUGGGACAGAAUUUACCAGAAUGUGGCAGCAGUACAGACUAUGAGCCUGUGUGUGGUCGACCUCACGGCGUUCGGCUGGAUCGCCACGGUCAGCUGAUUGUUGCUGACUCUUACUUUGGGCUGCACAGCGUCAACCCCAACACCGGAGAAAAGACUCUGCUGGUGGCGAACUCACAGGGCGCUGACGGCGUUCCCUUUGCCUUCCUGAACGGCCUGGAGAUUUCCUCCCAAACUGGGAUGAUUUACUUCACCGACUCGUCCAGUCGCUGGGGACGCAGACACGUCAAACUGGAGGUGAUCGAGCUGAACAGUCUCGGCCGUCUUCUGUCCUACCAUCCAGAGACAGGGAGCGUGACGGUCCUGCUGGACUCGCUCCACAUGCCCAACGGCAUCGUCCUGUCGCCCGACGAACACUUCCUGCUGCUGGCGGAGACCAGCAUCGGGCGUGUGCUGAGAUUUUGGCUGAAGGGCCCGAAGGCUGGCACCAAGGAGAUCAUUCUGGACAACAUGAUCGGUUACCCCGACAACAUCCGCCUUAGCGACCACGGGACAUUCCUGGUCGGCAUUACGACCACACGGUUCCGGAAGGUCGUGCCUCCCUUCCUGGACAUGAUCGCGCCGUACCCGGCUGUCAAACGCUUCCUGGCCAAGGUGAUCCCUCUGAGCUGGUACAACCUCCUGCUGCCGCGCUAUGCUCUGGUCCUGGAGCUGGGAUUGGACGGCGAGAUUGUGGGGACGCUUCACGACCCCGAAGGCCGCCUGACGUGGGCCAUCAGCGACGUCUUCCAGCACCGAGGGAGGACCUACCUGGGCAGCACCGACCUGCCGUUCCUGCCCGUCCUGGAGGGCAGCGAGAGCUGAUGACGGGCUACAGCUGAACUCAGGACGCUAAACGUUUCCGUACGCGAUGGAGCAGCUACGAGGAUCUGUGACGCUUCUGGAGUUCACAUUUUUAAGGUUUUUAAGUCGACGUUCACCUCUGGAGAGACGUUGCAUUGAUCAAACCUGGAUGUUGUGGAUUCAGGUCGCUCUUUGUAGCUUAGCCUGUUAGCCACUAAUGACCUGAGAGCUGAACUGAGCCACAAGCACAAAAGGCAUAAAUGGUGAGCUAAACCUGUAUUACACAGCCAAAAACACUGUGCAAUUGUGAUAGAAAUUAGUUAAAAGAACGCUACCAUCAAUUUAUAAUUUCACUCCUAUAAACUCGUCGAACUCAUGAUGGACAGUUUUUUUAAAAAGUAUAAAAAUCGAUGCAGCAGAACCAUAAAUAUCAUCUCUUUAUUUCACACAUUCUUCUUCCAUGUAAAAACCUGCCUACAUUACCCACAAUGCAACUCUAACUGCAGACAAACAGGCUUUUUUCUUUUUCACUCUCCAAGACCUGUAAACAGACUCUGAUGUGUAAAUUUGCUUUAGUUCCCCUUUAAGAUUUUUUGGGACUGGACGUCUGCAGCAGAGGAAACGCAGAACGCAUCGACCUUCCUCUGAACUGGAAUGAAACCAGAACAAUGCUCCUGCCUUCUCAGCCAUCCUGCACAUGGAGUCCGUUCAUGUUUCAGUUUGUUCGUAAGCUGCGUGGAAGUUUGGACUCAUUCGAUGUCGCCCUGGAUCGUCAAAGUCCUCUAACUUUCUCCGUGAGGGAUUUUUAAUUAACGUUAGAUAAUUGGAUGUGAAAACUGUGGAGACAGUUAAUGUACAGUGUACGAUUAAUACCGUCAUGUAA